AUUCAAACGUCCCGCAGAUCUUAGCAGGCAUAUGCUAGUACACUCGGGCCAGAGGCCAUAUACAUGUGGUUACCCAGAUUGUGGACGAAGUUUUAAAAGACGCAGCCAUCUGAGCCAUGACGAACGACGUCAUGAAGGAAUUAAACCUCCCGAGGACGUAUCCAUAGGCAGUGUGACCCCCGUUGGGACCAUGAUAUUGGCCCCUGAUGCUAAAGGUCAUGUGGUACGAAGACCACUGACGGAACAAGACAAAAAAGAUGACGAUCUGUUCCGCGUGUUUUUUGUCCCAGCAAAAUACGAAGGCGAUUAUGUUGCAAAAAGCAUACACUUUACUAAAUAUGCACGACUCAACCGUGCAGCAAGUCAAGUCAAAUCCAACACGACAAGAGACAAGUCUCUAGUAAAUCUAAAGUCAAAAACGGCUUGCACACCAAGACAUGCAGUCGAUAAUGGAGUUGAGUUGGAUACCGACAACGCGGUUGCCUUUUCUGUAAUAUUCAAAACGUUUAAACUGGUUGAUUGGGCAAAAGCUUAUCAUCGCCUCCGUUUGGAUUCUUUGGGUAAUCGAUCCAACCUCGACGCGAUAUCUUUAUUCCGCCCUUGGAUUGAAUAUUUGGAAGAAGCAAUAAAACAGCAGGUGCAUUUGCUCGACGUGACUGCAGCCGCCAUGGUGAGAACCGGGAUAUUCCCAGACGCCUUUAAAGAAGAAGGUCAAGUGCAGGCCACCAGAACCACAUCUCUUUAUUCCAUCGUUCAUGGACCCGUGUAUAAUUAGCAUAGAUAGUAAAUAUAUGAACUGAUGUACCUACUAUGUCUAACUCAAUUUAAUAUUAAAUAAAUAUUACUGUUCAACUCUGAA